GAGAUCCCCGCCCCGUUGCGAGAGUCAGCCCUGGUGCUCCGGGUAUGGUUGUUUUCACACACACAUCCUUUUUUUCCUGUGAGCGGCUUUUGCCUGGAGGAUGCACCAUCAGGACCGGACUGUCUGCCGCUCGUGUCUGAGUGCUGUGAAGCGACCGUGGCCCCGCGCAUCUCGUGCUGCUUUCUCUGUCGAGAUAUUAUGCUGAUGAUGCUGGGAUCAGACUAAAGUAUCAUGGAUCCUGAGGAGUUGGAACUUCAGAAUGACUACCGUUAUCGUAGCUAUGCGGCAGUCAUCGAGAAAGCGCUGCGAAACUUCGAGUCUUCGAGUGAGUGGGCAGAUCUCAUCUCGUCCCUGGGAAAGCUCAAUAAGGCCCUACAGACUAAUCUGCGAUACUCCCUCUUGCCCAAGAGGCUGAUCAUAGGGAAGCGUCUGGCUCAGUGUUUACACCCGGCCCUGCCCAGCGGUGUACACCUCAAGGCUCUGGAGACCUAUGAGGUCAUUUUCAAAAUCAUUGGAACAAAAUGGCUGGCCAAGGAUCUGUUCAUUUACAGUUCAGGAUUGUUCCCACUUUUGGCCCACGCAGCCAUGGCAGUAAAGCCCGUCCUGCUGACGCUGUAUGAGCGUUACUAUCUCCCGCUGCAGAAGGCUUUGCUGCCCAGUCUUCAGGCUUUCAUAACAGGUCUCCUACCAGGCCUGGAAGAAGGACUGGAGGUUUAUGACAGGACCGAUGCUCUGCUGGUCAAGUUGUCACUGCUCGUGGGUCAGCAGGUCUUCUAUGGUGCCCUGUGGGGAAGCAUGCUGGUCACCCCUAUGGUGCGGCUGCCUGCGUCCGUCUUUAUAGUCACACAUUUUGACCGAAUGGCCUCACUGAGCCAACAAGCGUACAUGCUAGGCUACGAUCAGCGCGUAGUGGUGAAGUCACUUUGUCUAUCUCUGCAAGAUUCAAAUGCCUUGGUGCAGAGGAACACACUUGAAAUCCUGCUCUACUUUUUCCCAUUUGCAACAUGCCUGAACCCAGCAGAGCCCACCAUUGCUUUGAGCUUUGAAGACAUGAUCACAGUGGUCUCUGCAGCGUCACUCACGCUGCUCAGAAGAGACAUGUCCCUCAACAGACGCCUCUACGCCUGGCUUCUAGGGACGGAUAUAAAAGGAGGAAUGGUGGCUCCACAUCCCGAGCUCUCCACCACCAUGGAGGAGCAUACAGCAUUUUACUUCAGCACCUACUCCAGGGAUUUCCUUGUGAAGGCUCUGAUUAACAUCCUCAAACAGAAGGAUGUGAAUAGUGACCCGGAAAAUGUGACUACUUACCUCAGGCCCUUUCGCAUCAUUAUCAGCCUGCUCGAUAAACCGGAGAUAGGUCCGCCUGUCUUGAGCCGUGUGUUGUUGGAGGUGGUCCGAGCUUUCUACAGCUACUGUCGAGAAAUGCUGGGAGAGGAAAGCAUCACCAGCUCAGGACUCUCAGGCAACCAGCUAGCUAGUAAGAUAAAAGAGAAUAAGAAUGCAUCAGAAAUCAUAAAGACGGUGAACAUGCUCGUGAGUUCCAUGAACAGCGAAUAUCUCUGGGAGUACAUGACUCGACGCUUCUGCGCCUCUCUCGGCAACAAGGAUGACCCACCAACCCCUCCUGAACAGGACCGCAGUCAUCCCGCUCCCUCCGUCUCAGAGAUGUCCAACCUCAUCAUUUUCCUGCUUGAUGUUCUUCCUCUGGAGCUCCAUGCAGACAUCCAGUCACAUUAUCUUCCUGAGAUGCUGGGCACCAUGCUGCGAACCCUGUGCAGUCACAUCAACGCUGUUUGCCUGGAAGACGUCACACAGGGACUGCGCGCAUGCUUCAAGGUCCUCAGUAAGAUCCAGAUGCCUGUGGCUUACAUGGAUGUUGAGGCAGGGGCGCAGGCAGAGGAGACGGAGUUACAGUCACUGAAAGAGGAAUGCGCAGAGACUCAGGAUAAAGAGAAUGAAGGAGAGAAAAGCGGCUCCCCCGGUCAGGCUGACGAGAAUCACGAGGAUGAAGAGAUAAACAGAGGCGUUGAGGCAGAGACAGCAAACGGUGUUUACCCAACACUCAGGUCUGAGGACAGCGGAUUAGGUAUCAGCGCCUCACCCUCAGAGCAGCACCUGCCACCAGGGGUCACGAUGGGGACUGAGGAGAAUGGAGUUUUCAAAGAAGGCGAAGGAGUGUGGAGAAGGGGGGGCAGUAUAGACACCAUGGCCCAGUGUCUGCAGGACAUCCUGGCCUUCAUAACCACAAGAUACUUGUUGGUGCAAGUGGAGGAUGUCAGGGGACCAAUUGAAGAGCCUCAUCCUGACCUACGUGCUUCCUCUGUAGAUCAGAAGUCUUUGUUGGUGAAUGUGGGUGGGCGUGAAAUCAAAGACAAACUGACGGAGCUGUUCACGCCAAAUAAACGUAAAUCCCGUUCCUCUUCUGACACCCGGGUCUCAGCAGCCUCUGCUGAGAAGAAAAGGGAUCAUGGGCAUUUAGGGCACCUGGACUGGUCAGCUGGUUAUAUGCCCCGCGGCAAGGCAGAGAUCUCUGAGGCCUGUCGACAGGCCUUCAUCGCCACCUGCCACCUUCUGCUGGAGUGCACUACCUUCCCCAUUUACCUAAGUGAAGAGGAGACUCUAGCUUUCCACACAGACAUGUUUGGUAACACAGGUUAUCAAGUGGACAGCCUCCCAGUGUGGCUGAGGUCCUUAAUGACUCUGUGCUGCCUGUCCAGAGACUACAACAUCCAGCACACUGCAGUGGCUUCCCUACUGGAACUGAUCAACCACUCCCAGUCCUUAGCACUGGUUAUUCAGGACAAGCAGAGACGCUACCAGAGCUCUGAGUCUAACCCACUGAGUGGGCGGCUGCAGAUGGUCACUGUGCCACCCAUCUACCCUGCCCUGCUACGCACCAUAGAGAAGGGCACCGACUUCUAUCAGAGGGUGUCUCAGGUGCUGUGGAGUCAGCUGGACACGGAGAGGCGAGAGCAGCACAUUUCCUGUGUGGAAUUGUUCUACAGGCUGCACUGUUUGGCUCCAUCAGCAUCCAUCUGUGAGGACAUCAUCUGCCAGGCGCUGCUGCACAAGGACAAGGCAGUAAGGCUGGAAGCACUACACCGCUUCACAGUGCUGUGGCACCUCACUCGGGAGAUCCAGACCAACAGGACCAUGUCCCUCAGUCGUUCCUUUGACCGAUCUCUCUGUGUGGUGGUGGACAGUCUGAGCUGUACCGAUGGCUCAAUAAGUGCAGCAGCUCAGUGCUGGCUGGUCCGGGCUCUGUCCCUCAGUGAUGUCAUCCGGGUCCUGGAACCUAUUCUGUUGUUGCUGCUGCAUCCCUCCACUCAGCGCUGCUCCAUUCAGAGCAUCAAACAGAAUGUUACUGCUGGUAACCUGAAGAUUUUAAACAGUAGAAGUCGAAGCUCAAGCAAAACCUCAGGAUCAGUGGACACAAUGGCAACAGAAGUCACCACCUUAAAUGUCCUGAACAUUGUGGACCGAGAGUCCUUGUGGGCAGAGUUGGACAGCGGCCCAGAUCCUGCAAAACCACCGGACAGCUUAGUGGCAUCCAGGAGCGAGAGUGAAGAGACGGAAGAAGGAGAGGAAGAGGACGGAGAGGAGCAGGAGGAGGCUGAAAGUGAACACACUGAGUCAGCUGACACCAGCGGUGCUCAGGUAUCCACAGAGAACACCAGCUCAAGCUCGACUUCAUAUCCCAGCAUUGAGGAAGGAGGCAUGGUCAACGGGCUGCGGAGGGUUGAGUCCGGGCACACGCAAGCAUCUGAUUCACUGUCAAGUGAAGAUGAGGAGGACUUGGAGCUGGAGGCCAUGGCCAAGUCUCGCUUGUUAAAACAGGAACGCGAAAAGAGAGAAGCCAUCGACUCCCUGUUCCGCCACGUGCUGCUGUACCCUGUGGCGGGUGGUUGGCGCCAUCUGCUCCAAGGCUUGGGGCUGCUGGACAGCUUGAUGAGGAGCAGUGCUGAGUGCCCUCUGGUGGAUGCUCUCUCCUUCACCUCGCUCGACACGAGCUCCGCUGCACAUUUAAACCUGGUGUCUAACCUUCUGCAGCGUCACCAACAGGCCCAAGAUGGCAAGAACUUCUACGGCUGCCUCCUUUCCCCUUCCUCCACUCCUUCCGCAGCCCCGUCCCUGCUCAUUGAACUGCUGGUUUCAUUGUGCCUGCGAUUCCUUCGCUCUCAUUACCCUUCCUAUCUGAGCCUGAGUCCCCUUGACCUGCAGGGGAACAGAGAGGUUCAGGUGAAAAGCGUGGCGGUGUUGACCCGCAUUGUGAACCAGCUCUGCUGCACAGCGCGAGGACAGGAUGCGUCCAAUAUGGAGUCCAUCCGCAGACUCCUCUCUGGUUGUAAAGUGCAGCAGUAUGCUCUGCUUACACUUUCUGCAUCUAUGUACAUUAGCCAGAGGGGGACAGACAAGGGACAAUCUAAAGGUGUGGAGCUGCUAGAGGAGCAGGGAGGCCUGUCGGAGGAAAGUCUGGUGAAUCUCGGGGCAGGAGGUGGACAGGAACAAUACCCAUUACAGAUGGAAUUGCUCAACCUUCUCCAGGCUCUAAUAGUCCUGGAAUACCACGUGUGGUCAGGUAGAGCUGCCUCAACAGCUGGGCCGGGCGGGACACCUGGCCAACCAGGGGAGACUCGUGAAUCAUCACCUGCCAGCACCCCCCUCGCUCGCGAGUGGCAGACUGCAGUCCUUUUCCAACAGUCUAUCAAAGCAGCCCAGUACGUCCAAAGCCACCCGAUCACAGCCCAAGGCAUGUUUGUUUCUGCUGCAGCCAGGGCUCUGCAGCCACAAUACGGCUAUGCCAUGCACCCCCACUGGGUGUCGCUGCUUUGCUCCUCUCUGCCAUACUUGGGACGUUCAUUAGGCAUCAUUGUCACUCCGCUCAUCUGUCAGAUCUGCAGAAACCUGGACGAGCUCGUCAAGCUGUAUGAGCAUGAUGGAGGAAAGGCAAACCAGAGUCUGAGUAGUAGAAAGGAGAACAUUGCCCCUGAUUACCCACUGACUCUGUUGGAGGGUCUGACCACCAUUACACACUAUUGUCUACUGGACAACAAAAGGUCCCUCGUAGCCUGCGACCCUGUGGAUGUCCGUAACGCACGCAACGCUGUGAUUGAGGCGCUGCCGCAGAUGCUCAGUAGCAUGGCAUUGUUAUGGGGCGUGGUCAUGAGGGAAGAGUUUCAGCGGCGUGCAUCAGACUCUGGCCAGAGCAGCAAACACACUUCUACCUCUGUUUAUUUCAGAACGACCAAGGUCUUGCGGCAGCGGAUACUGGAGUUCCUGCUCCCUCUAACUGCUCAGUAUGGCGUUCAGGUAAUGGCGUCACUUGGAGUCGUGUGGAGCAACAGGAAGAGUAAAAGGAGGCACAAAAACAAAGUUUUGCCCGUAGCCAGCGAGCCUCGUCAGACCAUCGUGGAGAUGGUGAAAUCACUGAGCACUUUGCACACAGACACUGUCCUUCAUUUGGUCAAAGAGGUGGUGAAAAAACCACAUCAGAUCAAAGGAGAACAGAAGUCGACACUGGUCGAUAUCCCCAUGUUGCAGUUCAGCUUCACCUAUAUCCAGAGUACUUCAGCUCAGGCUCUGCAGGAAAACAUUGCACCUCUCCUCAGUCUGUUACGGGAGUCUGUUCAGCUCAACCUGGCUCCCCCUGGACAUUUCUUACUGCUGGGAAUCCUGAAUGACUUUGUCAACAGGCUCCCUAACUUGGACAAUAAGAAGGAUACUAGAGAUCUGCAGGAGGUGACUCAGAGGAUCCUUGAGGCAGUAGGUGGGAUUGCAGGGUCAUCUCUGGAGCAGACUAGCUGGCUCAGCCGUAGCCUUGAGGUCAAAGUUCAGCCUCAAGUGUGCCCGGAAGCUGAUGAGCCAGAUGACGGUGACGGGGAUGGCGACCAUUGUGAGUCAGCAGCUCAAGCUAGCACCAUGGUCUCCUCUUCUGCUCCCUCAGUUUACAGCGUGCAGGCUCUUGUACUUCUGGCUGAGAUCUUGGCACCGCUUCUGGACAUGGUGUAUCGCAGUGACGAGAAGGAGAAAGCUGUUCCUCUCAUCUCACGUCUCAUGUACUAUGUUUUCCCCUACUUGAAGAACCACAGUGCCUACAACAUGCCCAGCUUUGAGGCGGGUGCACAACUUCUUAGCAGUCUGAGUGGGUAUGCCUAUACCAAAAGGGCCUGGAAGAAAGAGGUCUUUGAGCUUUUCAUGGACCCCCUCUUCUUCACAAUGGAUGCCUCUUGUGCACACAGUUGGAAAUCCAUUAUUGACCACCUGCUGACUCAUGAGAAGACCAUGUUUAAAGACCUCAUGAGCAUGCAGAGUAGCUCCCUGAAACUGUUUGCUAACGCUGACCAGAAACCCAUGCUGCUGAAACGCCAGGCAUUUGCGAUGUUCAGCGGAGAACUGGACCAGUACCACCUCUAUUUGCCCCUCAUUCAAGAGCGUCUCACGGAGACUUUACGUAUGAACCCCAGCCCUGCUGUUUCAGCCCAGAUGUUCCUGAUGUUUCGCGUUCUCUUGUUGCGGAUUUCCACCCAGCACCUGACAUCUCUUUGGCCCAUAAUGGUUACAGAACUGAUUCGCACUUUUGCACGUCUGGAGAAGGCUCUGCAGGUGGACAAAGACAACUCAAAGCUGGCUAAAGUGGUGCGUGGAACCCUUGACAGAAAUGGACAGGUUAAUUUCUCUCAGGCAGAGUUGGACAUGUACCUGUCAGCCUGCAAGUUUCUGGACACCUCGCUGGCUUUUCCCCCAGAGCGGAUACCACUCUUUCAGAUGUAUCGCUGGGCAUUUGUCCCUGAGGUGGAUGUAAACCGCUACAGUGGUCCAGAAAAUACACUGAUAGAAGGUGAACAGGAAUGCAUACCACACAUUGUGAGAGUACUAGAAGGAAUACAGCAACGCUAUGGGACACUGGACGAGCUGAGUGAGGAAACUUCUACUGAGCAUUUGGAGUUCCCCCUCCUCCCUCAGCGCUCCCUCUCCUCCAUCACCCAGCUGUUGCCUUUCCUUCGCACCCUUUUUAAUUCCUUCCAGAGCCCUCCCACCUCCAGUGAUCCCGCAACCUACUUCCCUGUUGCAGAUUACCCACCCUCCAGUUCACAUGCAGUCCUGAUGAGGCUGGAGCACAUCACAGAAGAAGAGUUCCUCGACUCCAUGGAGAGCUAGAAAGCCUUUCAUCAACCAGCCAUGCAAGCUGAAUAUGUAAAACGGGCAGAAUCAGUGAUGACGAUGUAUUGUGAACUAGGAAAAAAAAGGAAAUGUUUUGAGAUUUUUCUUUUUAAUUUCACUGGAAAACAAAGGGAUGUUAUUUACAACUGUCUUUUUUUUGGUCUCUGAUAUGAUGGUACUUAACUGUUUAUGGAAAAUAAUUACAAAUAAUUGGAAAAUUCUUCUUUCUGAGCAAUUCACAUGAGACUGUCCCAUUAGCAUCUUCUGCUUGCUUUAUGACUAAAAACAAUUGCCAUUAAUUAUAAUAAUGGAAACCAACGUAAAGUUACCAACUACGGUUUUUAUAAAGCAUGCAUAAAAUAAUAAUGAUUGUUCCUGUGACGAUUAUUUAACUUUUGCACCAAUAGGCAGGUUCCCUUUUGAAUAAUCUUAAUAAGUAAUAUUGUUCAUUUGCAUAACUGGUUAACAUAAAUCUGUAGUACAGCUGUAAACAGGUCUCUCUGACUCAAGAGAAUGUGAAGACCAAAUGUCUCUUGGUAAAAAUUCAUUCAUUCAAAAGUAAUGCUAAGAGUUCUACUGUUAAGUUACUGAAUGUGCUUUGUGUAUAACAGGGAAAUAAACUCUGGUUUUGCUAUUUUUGGUGUUCAAGGGAAAUUAGCCUUUCUUUGCAGCUGUUCACUGAAAGUUUUUACAACUGGCCAUUGUCUUCUCCUUUUCCACAGUGCUAAAUGUUUAAGUUAUUUUGAAUGUUUAAAAGACCAGGUCAGGUUUUAA